CCUCUGUUUACACUCAAAAGAAUCAGUCAAGGACAAUACAGUCGUUCCAGUGUAUUAACAAUGCUGCACACAUUAAUCUGGACUUACGCUGUGCUUCUAUUAAUCAACGUGAAACUGUCUAGUCAAAUUUCUCAGACUGACAAAGGGUUUACUGGUGAGGAAAAUGAUGAGGGUGUGUCAGUGACAUUCACCGCCAUUAGUGUGCUGGACAGCAAGCUCACCCAGAUCUUCUUCCCAGUUGUAUACAUCAUCGUCUACAGUGUGGGCUUGCCAACCAAUGCUAUGGCCAUCUGGGUCUUCCUUUUUAGAACAAAGAAGAAACAUCCUUCAUCCAUCUUCAUGGCCAACCUUGCACUGGCGGACCUCCUGUUUGUCAUCUGGAUUCCUCUAAAGAUCGCAUACCAUUUCAAUGGGAAUAACUGGAUCUACGGUGAAGCUCUAUGCAAAGUAUUAGUUGGGUUUUUCUAUGGGAACAUGUACUGUUCUACUGCUUUUAUUGCAUGCAUCAGUGUCCAGAGGUAUUGGGCCAUAGUACAUCCUCUUUCCCAGCAAAAACUGAAUAACAAGUUGGCAGUGGGUGUGUCUGUGUGUGUGUGGUUUGUUGUGUGGCUUAUUACCGUUCCUCUUUAUAUUUACGACCAGACUGUGAAGGUCACCAACCUUAACAUCCUCACCUGCCAUGAUGUCACUCGCCCCAGCCAAUCACUCUACCCUUCUAUCUACUUCCUGACCAUGGGAGUUGUAGGAUUUGUAGUUCCCUGUGUAGUGUGCAUAGUGGCUUAUGUACAGAUGCUUUGCACUCUCAAGAGCUCUAUGACGGACGCCAACAUUGUUCAGAAGCGGAGGAAGACUGUUAUCCUCAUUGUCACGGUACUGGUUAUGUUCCUGGUUUGUUUCGCACCCAGUAACAUCAUGCUUAUGGUGCAUUACUCCCUGUUGUCUGCCGGUGUGAAGGACAGUGGGUACGGCUUCUACAUCACUACACUGUGCCUGGCCAGUCUCAACAGCUGUGUUGAUCCGUUUGUGUACUAUUUAAUCUCAGAUGAGUUCAGGGAGCAUGUCAGAAACACGUUUCUAUGCCGCAGCGAACGCACAGCGCAGAGGAUACGGGUGUCCUUCAGCGCACUCAAGUAUUCUAAGAAAAGCAGUACCUACACAUCAGACUCUGGAAAUACACAGAGCAGCUCCUACUAAGAAUGAAUUUCAGAGAUUACAAGCUGUUUUAAAAAGCUGUGCAGGGAUACCCAGAUAUUGACCUCUAGAAAUCUAUAUGACCUCUCGCUGAAUGAUAUUCGAGGAAUAUUCCGGGUUCAGUACAAGUUAAGUGCAACGACAGCAUUUGUGGCAUAAUAUUGAUUGCCACACAAAAUGUUUGUUUGUUUGUUUUUUUUUUUCACUUUUACAGUAAGGCACUUACAAUGGAAGUAAAUGGGGCCAGUAAAUAAACAUUAAAAUAUAAAUUGUUUCAAAAUGUAGCCACAAGAUGUAAACAUUAUACGUGUUAACGUGAUUUUGGAGUGACAAAAAUGCUUAAUAGCCUUAUCAGUGUGAAGUUAUAUCCAACAUUAGAACUUUGUCGCCAUGAUGACGCAAUACCGCUAAACCCUAAUAGCAAUAUUAUUACACUAAAAUGAUGCAGAACAGAGAUUUUAUCACACUUAAAUCAUGUUAACACACAUAAUGUUUACGUCUUGUGGCUAUAUUUUUGAAACUGAGUAUUUUAAUGUUUAUGGACUGGCCCCAUUCACUUCCACUUCCACAAAUGCUGUCACUUGAGCUUAAUUUAUAUUGAACCCAGAAUACUUCUUUAAAUGGGGUACUGCAGUAAAUUUAGUCAACAAAAAUCUCAUCUUUGUCCAUGAAAUCUUGCCUUGAAAGUUAUUUUUUUAUUUGUUUGAUUUAUUUUAUUUUAAUAUCCAGAUUAGGUAAAGAAUUGAAUCCAACCCAUGUGUGAAGGUCUGAAGAUCUUUAAAGGAAAUGCUUAAAGCUUUUAAAACAGCACUUCUUGGAACUCCAAAUUAGCCUCCUGUUUGGCAACAGUCACCACAGAAAUGUUUGAGUGUUGUCAUUGUUUUGUUUGACAUUACUAGUUACAGGUUGCCUUUAAGCUGGGAAUGGAGACCUCUGUGGGUUUUUUUUAUAUCAUCUCCAUUGUUUUGUUUGCUCAUGUAGAAUGAUUUCUCUAGAUCAAAGGAAGUACGCUAGAAGGUAACUAAAUGACUGGAGUGUUCUUGCUUUGAGCACAAGUUACCUGAAGCAUUUUACGUUCAUGUUUACAUAUAUGGGCGUUUCAUGAAUCUUAUACGUAGCGCUAAAUGAAUGUGAGAUGUUCUAUGAAUCACUCUAUAAGUGACCAAUUUUAGAUGUGUGAAUGUAUGCAUAACCUACUGUAACUGAGAUUUGUACUGAAGCACUAAAUGCCAAAAUGGUAGCACAAUUCACUAUGUAAUAUCUAUGCAUAAUCUUAUAAGAGAACUUUUUUGUUCUCCUGUUUAUUUGCACAACCUUCCCCCUCUCCUGGUUUUCAAAACACAUUAUACACAGUGUAUAUGUUUUAAUGUUAUUGUGUAUGUGACUGCAUUUUGUAUCUGAAAUAUUUUUAAGAACUGCCAGAAUAUUUUAUUUACAA